GUCCGCCGCCGCCGGGAGCCGGCAGAUCCGGGUCUCGUGGCGGCUGACGUGUGAGCCGGCCCCAAGCAGCGGGGCCGAGCCGCGGGGCCGCCUCAGCGAGUCCGCCCGCCCCGUCCGCGCAGCGCCCCGCGGCCCUCUCUCCCUCCGCAGCCCCGCGACGGCGGCCGGAGCACGGUGUUCACAGAAAAGUUCAGGUUUAUCCAGAGAACCAUGGCAGAGGGUGGAUUUGAUCCUUGUGAAUGCAUUUGCUCACAUGAACAUGCAAUGAGAAGACUGAUUAAUCUGCUGAGACAAUCACAGUCGUACUGCACAGACACAGAAUGCCUUCAGGAAUUGCCAGGACCAAAUUUCUCUGGUGACAAUGUCGUCAGCUUUGCCAUGGUAGUGAUGGCCUGGGUUGUGAUUGCAUUCGUCUUGUUCUUGCUGAGACCUAGUAAUCUGAGAAAUUCCAGCACAGCCGGAAAGCCCACCAGCCCACAUAAUAGACAAGAACCACCAGCCCCACCACUGGACUAGAGCUUUCAGUAUCAGAGAAGUUCAGCAGCUAAAACCUUGCACGACCAAAUGAACGAAGUGACCAGAUUACUGCAAAACUCCCUUCAAUACUGUUGUUUUCUCAUUUAUAUAGUGCAGAAUUACCACUCAGCAGUUAUGUUCAUGAACUACUUCUAGCUACUUCAGUUUUGCUUUUUAUGUUACUACAGUUCCUAGUAGAUUAUAAUUUGAAUAAUGAUGAGGCAUUGCAGGGUUUUUUGGUUGUUAUCAUAACUGCGGACAUUCCACUCAGUGUCUUUCUGUUACAGCAAUCUUAAUUUCUUUGCAGUGGUUUCUGAUAUUCAUUGAAAGAAAAUUAAAAUCCCUGUACAUCUAUACUAAUGGAAAUUAUUACUGAUCUUUCUUCGGAUAAAUCCAUAUUUUUUCUCCAGUAUACUUUUAAGAGUUGUAUUAUGGUCGCAACUGUUAUUUUACAGAUGUGGUGAAAAGCAAAGAGAUUAUUUUGUAUUUGCCCUGGUCCUUGGACCACUAACAUAAUUUUCAGGGCUGUUGGCCAAAGCACGAAUUUUCCACUAGAAUUAAAUAAUGUGCAUGUGUGUGUGCACGCAAAGAAGUGAAUGUGAUAAUUGCCACUGUCAAAGCCUAGACGUAUGUGUUGAGAGCUGUACAAAAAACAGGAUACCACCAAAAAUUAAUUUAAUCAUGUUCUUUAGUAAAUGAUAUAUCUUAUUCAAUAUGUUGUCAAAAAUGUAUAUUCCAAAACCAGAUUUGUUUACUUACUGAAUUUAUGAGAAGAAAAAUCUAAGUGAGAAGAACUUGGCAGAGUUUUCUGUCCUUCUUUAGCCUUUUAAUAAUCAGUAUCUUAAGUUUUUAUCCAUAGCAUAACGUAUAUUGAGCAGGAUGAAUUCGUACCAAGAGGUUACCAAUUUCUGGUAUACAAAACAUUCUGGAUGUUCAGGUUUUUUCACCUGUAUGUAAUCAGCAAUUCCUAACAUUUCAUCCUCACUACUGGCUGUAAUUGUAGAAUAACAAAAUUGCAGGUGACUCCGUAUGGCAUGUCUUUCCCUCUAAUACUUGUGUGUAUGUGUGGUGUGAUUCUGCGUGUGUAUGUGUGGCUGUGUGCCUACAGGUGCACAUCUCCCAUCGUAGCAAAUGGGAAGGAAUUUUUUAUGUACAUUAAUUUAAGAGCAUUUUAAAGAUGUACAGAAAAGCAACACUGUAUAUUUUUCUUGAUCAAUAUGAAAAAAUGAUGAGAAUAACAUAAAGAACACGUUUAUGUUACCAACACAAAGCUUCUUUCCAUGACGGUCAGUAGAGCAGACAAAUGGGGAUUCAAGGCCUUACUCUAGAAACCUUAUUUUUCUUGAGGACUUUAGUUGUGGAGCUGAAGGGACUAACUGUUCAUAUGCAUAAAGGUUUGUAUUAAUGGGCUCUCACAAAAAUCUCACUUCAGAUCCCAUGGUUGGUAGACGCAGGUUUUUCCUCCUCAGGGCAAACGAUGGGCCAGCUGAGCCUCCUCGCAAAGGAGCAGCGCAGACCUGAAGAACAGCCUCUGUAACUUUAUGUAACUGCCCUUUAAAUUUCUGUGGAGUAGUGUGCUCCCAAGCACCGGAGUACUUGUUAAAAAUCCAAACAAGUAAAUUCUCUCAGUGACAGAGAUGCAGUGCUGUGUAAAGCAAUGGAGUUGCAGCAGAGAAACGGAGAGUUUGUCCUGUUGCGUGUAAAGGUGUCCAGGCCACAAACACUGUGUAAAAAUGCCACUGGGACUGUGCUUGCUCUUUGCCUUCCUAGUAUGUUUAUAUUUUGGAUGCUAUUUGGAACAGAAGAAGUAGUACAGAAUCAUUUUGUUGAAUUAGAAAGAAGUAUGCAUUAUCAGCUACACUGACCUUUUCUCCAAGAAUUUUUAGCCAGAAUCCUUCACCGCUAGAUGCAGAAAACAGCUUUCCAAUUGAUUUAAAAAAACAAACAAAC